AUGUACACCAGCGAAGUCAACUUGGCCUGCGCGUUGCUGCAGGAUGCCUUCGGCCCUUACGUGUCGUCGGUGGGUCGGCAGCUGCUGCUGUGUCGCAGUCUGACCUUCCUAGAGUUGCGCGACUUGCUGCCCAGCAGCAGCGGCAGCAGCAGCAGCUCAGCAGCAGCAGCAGCAGGUUUUAAGGCCAAGACAGCAGCUGCAGCGCAUCUGCAGCAGGGCCGAGACGAAGACUAUUGCAUGCUCAGAAACGCGCUGCUGAUCCUGCUGCAGCACAACUUGCUGCACUGUACUCCCCUGACCCCAGCUGGCGGAGCUCUGGGGCCAAUCACAGCAGCAGCAGCAGCAGCAGCUGUGCACGCUGACGCAGCAGCAGCAGCGGCAGCAGCCCAAGCGCAGCAGCAAGGGUCUACCGGCAACAGCAGCAGCGGCACCAGUGCAGGCACCAAUAGCAAAGCCAACUGCGGCAACGUGGCUGCUGCUGCUGCUGCUGCUGCUCCUGCUGCUGCUGCUCCUGUGCAGCCCCACGGCGGUGUCCGCUACAGCCUGAAAGUGCAUGCAGCCCUGGCGCUGCUGCGCUUUCCCCAGUUUGCUGCCAUCACAGAAGAGACCUUCGGCAGCAACGCGCGGCUGCUGCUGCUGCAGGUGCUCAAGGCAGGGCGUGUCUGCAUGCAGGAUGCAGUUGCCCUGGCCUUAGCUGACCCGUAUGCGAACCCAGAUGGCGAUGCUGCUGCUGCUGCUCAGCGGCCAACCAGCCGGCAGCGGCAGCAGGACCUGCAGCGCUGCUUCCUGCAGCUGGUUUCAAACGCAUUUUUAGUUCAGUGCGAGCCGCCUCUACCUUCUGCGCAGCAGCAGGAGCAGCAGCAAGACCAGCAGCAGCAGCAGCACACGGGGCGCAGGCGCAAAGCCGAGUCCAAAGCAGCACUCAGGAAGAUGCCUUCGAAAACAGCCGACGUUCCGGCCUACACAGCCGAGGACUCGGACGAAGAGGACGCAGAAGAAGACAGCGGAGGCCUCCCGGGGUUUUUGCUGAUGAUGUUGGAUGAGGCAGACCCUGCAGCAAAGGCCCGAAAAACAACCCCGCCAGGCAGCAGCAGCAGCAGCAGCAUCGGCAGCGCUAGACAAACCCAGAAGCAGCAGCAGCUGAUGGACAGUCUUGUGUCUCGGCUGCAGCAGCAGCGGGUUCCCUUUCAAGUCAACGCACCGUUCAUAUCUCUGCUGCUAUGCAAGAAGGCUGUGAAGCAAUUUGUAGUCGCGCGCGUAGGAGACACUCGGCUAGUCCAGGCAACGACAGCAGCGCUGCUGCAGGCAGUCCGCCUGAGGCCGCAGCAGCAGCGGGGCGUCGAGGAGCAGCAGACCAGCGCCCGGCUAGAUGUGCACUGUAAGUGGCUAACGUUCGACGCGUUGGAGGCAGCAGUGGCAGCAGAGCUGCAGCUGCAGCAGCAACAGCAGCAGCAGCAGCCUCGAGUGUCUGUACAGAAGUCUCAGCUCAUUCGGCUGCUGGACGGACUAACCAAACACCCAGACCGCCUGCUAGCCACAGUGAUGAAGGACGGGCAGGCUGCGUACCGCCUCGACUGGCAGCAAAUAAAAGCGCUUAUGCAGCGCCGCAUUAUGUCUGAGGCUGUGCUAGCUCGUUGUGGGCCUAAGGCGGCUCGCGUGUGGCGGCGCAUAAUAAACGCAGCGGAGGGCCCUGGGGCUGCAGUGGUUUACUUUGACGAGCAAAUGAUAGCUGACAGCUGCUUGCUGCCACCGAGCGGCGCCCGGCAGGCCAUGUACUCUCUUGCCCUUGCUGGAUUUGCCCGCUUUCAUGAGUCGGACCGGCUGCCAGCUAGCUGCACUUCUCUGUCUACAAAGCACUCGCUGGUGAUAACUUGCAGCCUCGAAGAGACGCAGCAGCAAGUGGCUGACGUCGUGCUUCGAGCAGCACUUAACUUGCUCGAGAGAAAACGAGCCGAGGCACAACACCUCGCCGAACUCAGAUGCAGGACUCAGUGUCUGGCAGACACUGAAAUGCAGCAGCAGCGCCUCAGAGAAGCUGCUGAAGACCUUUUGGACGCAAAUGUACUCAAGCUAGGAGAGCCACUGGCUAUCCUAAUGGACAUCUAG